AUGGCACUAAAACGCAAACGAUCCAACGACGGCUUCUCGCCAAUCUCAACUUCCAGCUUCCUCUCCACAUCAACAUACGGAUCCCAAAGCCCGACACCAGCACCACGCGUCCAAUCCACCGGCUCCAUGAUCGUCGACGGGCCGGUCCCGAGCAAUUCCAUCACAGCCUGGACAACCGGAGUCCGAAAACCAAACUCCUCGGAUCUAAACAGCCGGACGCGCAAGCGAUUCAGGGACAACCGGCCAGACGAGAGCGUUAUACACGAAAACACAAUAAGCAAGCUCUUCACGGCGCAACGCGAAUAUCCACACGCCGCGCCCGUGCUAUCCCAACCGCUCGCCCCUCCCCCCACUGCCGUGCCGACGAGUCAGAAGUCUACGCUGCACGCGUUCUGGAACCUGCCACCUACGCACGCGCAUACGGUAUCUGCUCAAUCGCAUACAGCGGCGUUCGAGGAACCGCAGGGGCUGAGAUGUGACGACUGCGAUACGGCCCUUGCGCCUGGCGACAGUAUGGAUGUCGAUAUGGGAGGAUCUGCUGGCGAAUACACGUGUGCGAGCUGUGGGCGACGAGUGUGCGAUACUUGUGCGGUUGUAGGGGAUGAACGGAGAUGCUUGCAUUGUGCGAUGAGUAGCUGA